AUGGAUUUAAGCAAUGCCAAUAGUUUGAUUGCUGUGUUCUUGUAGAAACGGCAGGAAACUGUAUCAAGGUUAGAACAACUUUGUGACUUCUUGUGUAAAGUUCUUGGUGAAUUACUUCAGCACAUCUGCAGGUCAGGGUCAACUCUGCUCAAGAUGGUCAAAUGUGGCAAAGGAGACAUUGGUCACCAGCGAAUGAACUUCCUGUACCAGGCGGCCCACUGCAGCCUGGCACAGAACCCUGGGAACACCCAGCUGGCCAGGUUCUACAUAGAAACCAUGAAGAACGUAGCGGCAAAGCUCGUGCUGCGACUCGCACCUCACAUCAAGCGCACGAUAUGCAAAAAGUGUAGCGCCCUGUUGGUCCCAGGAGUUACAGCUACGGUCAGGGUCAAGGGUCGACGGCAGAAGCACGUCGUGGUCAGGUGUAUGGACUGUAAGCAGGUGAAGAGGUUUAACACAGAUGAAAAGCAUGUCCUGUGGGUGCAUAAACCAGAAGCUGUUCAAUGAAAGAGCUAGCUGACAAGCUAUGACUAGACAAAGUAAUGACUUUGAGGACCUGUCCCCAGUCGUUCAACAAGACUAAAGGCUCAUUCAGACAUGACGUAAACCACCGCAAAAAAAA